AUGAGUUUUCUUGCGACGUUCGGCAAACUUCAUCCGAAACCAAAGGCGACGUUUGAGUGUAAAUUCUGUGAGAAGUCCUUCUCGCAGCCUGUGUACCUGAAGACACAUAUCCGAAGCCAUACGGGGGAGAAACGCUACCACUGCAACGACUGCGAUGAGACAUUCGAACAGUACAGGGCGUUGGUCUCCCACAAGAAGACCCACCGCUCGUUCACGUGCGAGCUGUGUGGCAAAAGCGUGGCCAGCGAGGCACGGCUCAACGACCACUUGAAAUCACACACCGGCCAGAAACUGGAAUGUUACACUUGCAAACAGCUGUUCACCAGUGUCAACCUGCUUGGAUUACACCUGCAGAGCCAUGCGAAGGACGCGUCUCCAUUGCAUCAGUCCGACGGCGGCGGGGACAGCAACAACAACAACAACAAAAGCAGUAGUGAUGGUCGUGGGGACGCUGCUAUGACAACGGGCGACGAUGUGGACCCGUCCAACGAAAAUGUUACCUUUGACAACAGCCUAGCAAUCUCGUCCACUGUCGACGAUUCCAGCCACACCUUGAAGUCGAGCAAGUCUAGUCGCAGUGGGGGGAGUAACAGCAGCAGUAACCACAACACCGAAUGCGAAGUGUGCCACAAGAAGUUCUCGUGUGCCUCCAGCUUGACCAAACACAUGAAUAUUCACACAAAGAAGCGGUCGUUCCAGUGCAACUUCUGCGCCAAGUCCUUCCUCCACUCGUUCACUCUCACCCGGCAUUUGCGCAUCCACACCGGCGAGAAGCCGUACAAGUGCAACUACUGCGAGCAGCACUUCUCCGACGCUAGCACGCGCAACCGGCACGCCAAGAUACACCGAGGGUUACUAGGCAACGCAAUCUCGGCCAUCACAGCGACAGCCCUCACCACCUCCGUCGACAGCAGCUUGGACGCCUGGAGCCAGCCGUACUACGGCGACGCGUAUGGCUUCGGCGCGAUGGACUCUGAGCUCCACUCGGGUGGCAGCGAAUACUCGGGGCGAUCCCGAUCUCGGAACCAGAUGACUAGAACCGAACACCGCUUGUACGACAGUGACACACGUUUACGACUAUUACAUGAUGUCUAG